ACAAAACCUCAGUCGAAAAAGAUCAACCGCAAUGGUUGGGAUUGGAAAAUCCGCUACCAAAAACUACGUGAUUUUAGCUGAUGGUCCUAACUUCUAACACUACACAACACAACAGCAACCCACGAACCUGUCUGCUUAUUAUAUUCCGCUUAGAUACCAUGCCAGAAAUUCUACCCGUAAACAAAAGGCAAGACUUUUGCACGAACCAAACACAAAGGGAUUCUAGCCCACCAAAAACAAAGUCAUAAUUCCUUAUCAUGCCUCCUUUUCUGUCUUUCUUCCCAGCCGAUAUACCUGGUAAAACAAUUACUAAGCUUAACUCUGGUCAAGAUCUUAACUUUCUGUUUAUUGACCCACUUCGUUUAUAAGGGUCGAGUUUGUCUCGUUGAUUUCUGUUUUUGGGUUGUUGAAUCUUGAGCUGUUUCCUUGUUAAUAACUGUUAUCUGAUCUAAUAAGUAUAGGGUUUGUUGUUGUAUUAAUAGUGGAUUUAGUCAUUGAUCGAGAAGGCUUGACUGCUUGUGGAAUUCUUUAUUUGUUGUAUUUUGUUGAAAAGUUCCAAUCUUCACUGUGAUUUGUUGAAUGAAGGUCAAUCAUCUUGUAUUUGCAAUUUGAUAAAUGUUUUAUAUAGCUGCUUCAACUUUGCUACUACAUCUUUUUUCAUAAGCUGCUGCUGUUCAAGCAUUCAUUUUGGUAUUUUUGAGGGGGCAUAUUAUUUAGUAUUUUGAAGUUUAAAACAUCUAUGCUGUAUUGGUAUGGUCAAUAGGAUUAGAUCUUGGUGUUGAAAUCAGUGGGAGUGGUUAGAACUUAGAAGUGAUUGAGUGCAGGAUAGAUGGGUAAUACUUGUGUAGGACCGAGCAUUUCCAGAAAUGGGUUUUUCCAAUCUGUAUCCGCUGCAAUGUGGCGGAAUCGAUCUCCAGAUGAUUCGAUGUCUCAGACCAAUGGGGAGUCUGUCCAUGAGCACGAGGCUGCAUCUAGAGAACUUGAAUCCCCUUUGCCAGUUCAAAGCAAACCCCCAGAACAAAUGACCAUCCCGAAACCUGAAGAACCAGAGAAACCGGUAAAAUCAGAAGAGCCUGCAAAACCUAAGAAACCCCUCCAAGUGAAAAGGGUAUCUAGUGCUGGGCUUAGGACCGAGUAUGUUUUGACAACCCAAGCUGGUAAUUUAAAGGAGUUCUAUAGUUUGGGAAAGAAACUAGGACAAGGGCAAUUUGGGACAACAUUUCUCUGUGUAGAGAAAGCAACAAAGAAAGAAUUCGCAUGCAAAUCGAUUGCUAAGAGGAAGUUGUUAACUGAUGAGGAUGUGGAGGAUGUGAGAAGGGAAAUUCAGAUAAUGCACCAUUUGGCUGGCCACCCAAAUGUUAUAUCUAUUAAAGGGGCCUAUGAGGAUGCGAUGGCGGUUCAUGUUGUUAUGGAGUUAUGUGCUGGUGGUGAACUCUUUGAUAGGAUUAUUCAGCGGGGGCAUUAUACUGAAAGAAAGGCAGCUGAGCUUACUCGAACUAUAGUUGGAGUGGUUGAAGCUUGUCAUUCACUGGGUGUGAUGCAUCGAGAUCUUAAACCAGAGAAUUUUUUGUUUGUCAACGAAAAAGAGGACUCACUUCUAAAAACAAUUGACUUUGGUUUGUCAAUAUUCUUCAAGCCAGGAGAGAGAUUUAGCGAUGUGGUUGGAAGUCCAUACUAUGUCGCUCCAGAGGUUCUGAAAAAGCGUUAUGGUCCUGAAGCAGAUGUUUGGAGUGCUGGGGUCAUCGUUUACAUUCUGUUAAGUGGAGUGCCUCCCUUUUGGGCCGAGAACGAGGAGGGGAUAUUUGAACAGGUACUCCAUGGUGAUCUUGACUUUUCAUCAGACCCUUGGCCUAGUAUCUCUGAAAGCGCUAAGGAUUUAGUGAGGAGAAUGCUUAUUCGAGAUCCCAGAAGGCGCUUAACUGCACAUGAAGUUCUGUGCCACCCUUGGGUGCAAGAAGAUGGUGUAGCUCCUGACAAGCCUCUGGAUUCUGCUGUAUUAAGUCGCCUGAAGCAAUUUUCUGCGAUGAACAAGUUCAAGAAAAUGGCUCUUAGAGUCAUUGCAGAGACUCUAUCCGAAGAAGAAAUAGCUGGCCUCAAGGAGAUGUUCAAGAUGAUAGACACUGAUGGCAGUGGUCAUAUCACUUUUGAAGAACUCAAGGCUGGAUUAAAAAGAUUUGGAGCUAAUCUUAAGGAAUCUGAAAUUUAUGAUCUCAUGCAAGCAGCUGAUGUAGACAAUAGUGGCACAAUUGAUUACGGGGAGUUCAUUGCUGCAACACUUCAUCUAAACAAAAUUGAGAGAGAUGACCAUCUAUUUGCAGCUUUCUCGUACUUUGACAAGGAUGGAAGUGGCUACAUUACUCCAGAUGAACUUCAAAAAGCUUGCGAGGAGUUUGGAUGGGAGGAUGUUCGCUUGGAAGAAAUGAUCAGAGAAGUUGAUCAGGACAAUGAUGGACGCAUAGAUUACAAUGAAUUUGUGGCCAUGAUGCAGAAGGGAAAUGUAGCAAGUCCUGCUAGGAAGGGCCUGGAGCAUAGUUUCAGCAUUAAUUUUAGAGAAGCCCUCAAACUAUAGUUGCAGACGCAAUGGCGAGGUUCUGUUUAAUUCUUUGUUCGUUCUUUUGAGGGACUAAGGUUGUACAGUAAAGAGCAUUAGCUGCUCCGCUAUGAGAAGCAGGCAGGCCUCACUCUGUACACUCAUUGUUCAUUUGAGUUCUCCAUUUUGGGUGGUAUCUACCUUACAAUCUUUAUAAUAGUUUUGAGGUAGAAAGAAACCUUGUAUGCUCCUUUGUGGUUACGUCUCCAGAACCCAAAUAUGCUGGCAAAACAUUUUGGUGUCCUUAGAAAUGCAUUAAUUUCUUUCUUUA